CCCAACUUUUAAGUUCAAACAUGGUCCACCUCCACAGACUUCUUGGACUUUGUGUGUGUUUACAAAGCAAACAGAGACUAGAGUCAGUGGGAAGUGAUUAAGUUGAAGUUAUGGCCCAACCGCAGCAUGACACCAUGAUAACAGAUGACAUUGGGGCUGGAGUCAUCCCACAGAUAGUCAACCCCUUGCUUCAGCAGGAGAGGGACCGGGCCACCUUGACUAAGGACCUGGUCACACGGAUGACUUACAUGAUUGACGGGGGGCAGGACAGAACAGCGCGCAGACGACACAUUGAAUCCUGUCUGUUUGCAGACCCAGUGUUCAGUGAGCGAGACCGCUACAUCAGAACCUCUGUGGAGACCUUUGACAUCGGUGUGGAGCGAUCCAUUCGGCUAAUUGACUUCAAGAAGGUUCACAACAUCACAUUCUCAGAGGUCUGGGAUUAUAUCUACAGGGCCCUGUCCAAUGACUUGACUUUUGGUGUCCACGACUUGAUGUUUGUCACCUUCAUUGAGAACCAGGCCACAGAGGAACAGAAGGAACGCUGGCUGAGUAAAGCUCAGGAUGUACAGAUGCUGGGGACAUAUGCACAGACAGAGUUAGGCCAUGGUACUUACCUUCCUGGAUUGGAGACCACAGCAACAUACAUUCCGUCCACGGAGGAGUUUGUCCUCAACACUCCUAACCUAUCAUCCAUGAAAUGGUGGCCCGGAGCAUUGGGCAAAACUUCCACCCAUGUUAUUCUGAUGGCACAGCUGAUUAUAGGGGGAAAGAAGUACGGCCCACACGCCUUCAUGGUGCAGCUGAGAAGUCUGAAGGAUCACAGUGUGCUUCCAGGCAGAUCAGUGGGAGCCAUUGGGGAAAAGUGGAACUUGGGAGGUGUUGACAAUGGCUACUUGGCCCUCAACAACGUCCGCAUCCCUCGGCAGGACAUGUUCAUGAAAUACUCCGAGGUUACUGCAGAUGGCACAUACAGUAAGAGGGGUAACCCCAAGGUCCUUUACUCUACCAUGAUGGUGGUCAGGCUCAAGAUAGCUCAGGAAUCUUGGCAGUCCCUCGGCCGUGUGCUCGUCACAGCCAUCCGCUACAGUGCUGUUCGCAAACAGGGCCCCAUAGAAGAAGGGGGCCCUGAGGUGGCUGUUCUGGACUAUCAGACUCAGCAGGAGAAGCUCUUCCCUGGUCUGGCCACGGCCUACGCCUUCAAUGCCGUCAGCAAACGACUGCAAGAAGUCUUCGACAAAGUGCAGGCGGACAUCUCGAAAGAGAACUUCAGCGGUCUGCCUGAGCUUCACGCCCUGACUUGUGGUCUGAAGGCAUUCACCACGGACACAGCAACACGCUUCGUUGACACUGCGCGCUAUGCCUGUGGUGGGCACGGUUUUCUGCUGAGCUCAGGUCUGCCCUACAGCUUCUCACGGUUGUCUGCUGGCUGCACCUAUGAGGGGGAAAACACCGUGAUGAUGCUGCAGGUGGCAAGGUAUUUGCUCAAGAGUGCCUAUGCAGCCCAGAACGGAGGCACCCUAGCUUCAUCAAUUGCCUACCUGGCUGAAGACAACAGUGGUCAGACAUGGCCAGCGCAGACAGUGAAAGAUGUGACAGAUUGUGGGCUGCUCUGCAAAGCUUAUCAGCACCGAGCCUAUCGUCUGGUCAGUCAGGCUGGCCAGCAUGUGACACAGCUGAUGGGCAAGGGGCAGUCCCAGGGUGCCGCCUGGAACAACUCCACCAUAGACCUGGUGCGCGCUGCCAAGGCUCACAUGCAGUUCUAUACUGUGGCCAUAUUUUUUGACGUGAUGAAAUCCUUGAAUGUGGACCCAGCCAUCAGGGCCGUACUGCAGACCCUCAGCUGCCUCUAUGCCGUCUACAUGAUGGACCAGAGCAUCGGCGACUUUCUGGAGGACGGUUACGUGAAUGCCGACCAGGCUCAGAUGAUCCACGCUCAGUAUCUGGCCCUCCUAAGUGCUGUCAGACCUGAAGCUGUUCCACUGGUGGAUGCCUUUGACUUCUCUGACAUGACUGUACACUCAGUGCUUGGAUGCUACGAUGGUAAUGUGUAUGAGAGACUCUAUGAGCAUGCCCUGAGGGACCCCAAGAAUAAGACCGAGAUGGGAGCCAGCCAGUGGGACACAGCUUGA